AGUAGUUCUAUAAAUCUUUUCAGGUGAAAAAGAACUCUGCUCCACCCCACGUCAUCCUUAUCGCAGGCCUAUAAUCAUCAUGUGGCCUAUAAGUACAAGCAAGCUGUGACAAUGUUGCCUUUCUCUCUGCAGGCAACCAUGAACCUGACAGCUCCUCUGCUGUUGCUCGCCACAGCUUGUGCUGUGAGCGGCGCCCGGUUGCCCAAGAACUUAUGGCAGUUUGGAAAAAUGAUUGAGUGUGCCCAACCAGGAGUUAACCCUCUGAAGUACAACAAUUAUGGCUGUUGGUGCGGUUUAGGGGGCACAGGAAGCCCCCUGGAUGAACUGGACAUGUGCUGUAAAGUCCAUGAUAAAUGCUAUGAAAGUAGCAGAAAGAUUCCUGGAUGCACAUCCAUCACUGACCUUCCACAUGUUCUGGUUUAUGAUUACACCUGCAGUGGUACACAAAUAACUUGCUCAGCAACAAAUGACAAAUGCCAGUCUGCUGUCUGCGAGUGUGAUCGUGUGGCAGCUUACUGCUUCGAGAAGGCCAAGUUCAACUCAGAACACAAGGAUCUAGAUCCGGAUGUCCAUUGUGUCAAUUGAACAACACAAUAAAUAAA